UGUAAGUUAAGAAGCAUGUGGAUAAGGGAAGGUUCCAGAAAUGUUUGGGCAUCUAACAAGUAUAGUUUUCUAUACUGAAGAGAAUGUAUUUAUGAUUCAAUGAAUGAAAAUGAAAACCUGAGACAACAUUGGAGCUUGCCUUAAUUCUCUGUAGAAACUGGAAAUUAAAGAGUUCUCUGCUACCAAUGAUGUUUAGGUAAACUUCAGUGAAAUGACUCUUCAGGAAUUGGUAUAUCAGGCUGCCUCCCUUUAUUUGGACAAAAUAGCUGUGUGUUUUGAUGAAUGCAACAACCAACCUCCAGUUUAUUACACCUACAAGACUGUGAUUAAUACUGCUUCAGAAUUAUCAAGUUUUCUGCUAUUACACUGUGACUUUCAAGGAAUUCGGGAAAUUGGUCUAUACUGCCAACCUGGGAUAAAUUUACCCUCUUGGAUUUUAGGAAUUCUCCAAGUCCCUGCUGCUUAUGCUCCUAUUGAUCCAGAUUCACCACCAUCAUUAUCAACUCAUUUUAUGAAAAAAUGUAAUCUAAAGUAUAUCCUUGUUGAAAAAAAGCAAAUUAAUAAAUUCAGAUCUUCCCAUGAAACAUUGUUGAACUAUGAUACAUUUACAGUAGAACAUAAUGACCUAGUGCUCUUCAGACUUCACUGGAAAAAUGUUGAAGUGAACUUAAUGAAAAGUGAUAGAAAAGAGAAAUAUGAAAAAGAAAAAAGAAAAAACAGCAUGAGUUCUGAGGACAGCAGUGAAGAAAAUGCAGAACACAUGGAUGUUAGGCUAAAGCAUUGCUUAGCCUAUGUUCUACGUACAUCAGGGACUACAGGGAUACCAAAGAUUGUCAAGGUGCCUCACGAGUGUAUAGUACCA